AUGUUGCUCUGCAACUACCGCAAAUGCAAGCAACCACUGAGAAUCUGCGCGGUUGCAACUGUCUGCAAACACAUAUUUUGCACAGACCAUAAUCCCAUGCAGCUAAAAACCGCUGAUGGCGAAGUCCAGUGCCCAGUUUGCAGAACACGUCUGAAUAACAACUGUGAGCUGAUGGAGCCAUGUGAGCAAUUUCGGACAAUGAUUUUGAUGGGACAGAGCCCAGAAACCAUUUUGGAUGUUUGCAGACGUGCAUUGGAAUUUUAUAACUUCCAGAAAGCUCAAGAGAUAAAAUAUUAUGAAUACAUAAACUAUAAACUGACUGAAAAGAGUAGAAACAUGGAAGCUAGCUGCAAAACUAUUCUUAGCAAUUUGGAACGCAAAAAUCAAAGGUUACAGGCCGAAAAGGAAGCUUUAAUAAAAGAAUGCGAGGAGCUUAGAGACAACUUGGUUGUAUCGAGCCAGAAGCUCUCUCAGUUAGAGGGGGAAUUGCGAAAAGUAACAAUCAAUGCGAACCCAGAAUGUGAUCAGGGACGAGUUCCUCUGGACAUGUCAGUUGAUCCGUUCAAAUCGCGGAAAAUCAGUGCACCAUGUUCUGACGAAACUAUCCGAUCGAAGUUUCCACGCUGCUCACCCGAUUCCACAUACACCACGUCUUCACCAUUCAACCUUCGGAACCUUUUUUCCUCGAUGAACUUUAGGAAGAGUUCUGAGGCGAGUAAUAUGUUUCCACAUUUGGGAUUAUCAUCACGAAAAACGACUGAUCUUCCUAAUCAAUCAGUACGUAAUAUCAACGAGAGUUUCCGUAAUCUUUCUCAUAUUUCUGGCAAGACUUUUUAUCGCUAA